CGCGAUCGCGUCAAAAAGUUUCAGGGUAUCACACAAAGCUCCGAAAAAUGUGCCAUCCAAUGUCUGCAGCAGAAUAAUUGGAAGAUUGAACAGUCAAUUGACUACUACUACAGGCAGAAUAGCUCGGCAAACUCGGGCGUCAGUGAGUCAAAUAUUGAACAGCUCUUCAAUCGCUAUCGAGGUGAGUGCAUCUUCUCUGUGACCAAUUUUUUUGGUUCUUGUUUCAGAAUACCCUCUUCCUCGGAGGAAGAGGAGGGAGAAAUCCCGUACUACUUUCUUACUCCUUCCAACAAGUACAAAUUAAAACGUCCUGACCGUGGUGAGGGGUUUGUGGAUCACAAGAUCUCAGAAUAG